AUGAGUACAUUUACAGGAAAUGGCAUUCCAUCGUUUGCGAAAUUCUGGAAGCAGACUUUGUUUUUGAGUACAUUAGCCAUAGGCACGGCUUUAUUUGUUAAAUCCAAGAUUCAUCUGAGAAAGAAGAACCAGCAUUUACCGGACGCUGUGCUUGGAGAUAGAGAGCAAGAUUAUGACAUUUCAAAGAUUCGUCCAGGAUUCCCACAGUCCAAAGAUGAUAUGACCGCUUAUGGAAGAAAGUCUGAGUUCCAAGGAACUGCGGAUAGUUAUUUGACUCGUAAGUCCGGAGAUAAGUUUAGUUUCUUUCCUUGGUUUGGAGGAUCUAAAUAA